AUGUCUAAACAGUUUGAAGCGUCUUACUUCAUUUUGAAUGUUAGAAAAGAAUCAGAGAAAAGCAAAGGAUUAAAUGACUUAUGCCAAAAAUUGAGUUCUGCAAUUUUAGGGGAUGAACAUCUCAAUCAUGGAUUCACCUUCAGAAGAAAAAGUUUCUUUAACAGAAAAAAAGUUUUCAUUGUGUUUGAUGAUGUAACGAAGUUAGAACAAAUAAAAUGUUUAAUGAGAGUUUUUGGCAACUUCAAUUCAGAUAGUCGAAUCAUUAUAACGACAAGGGAUAAACAUGUGCUAAGGAAUUAUGAAGUGGAUCACAUUCAUGAGAUGAUAGGGUUAUCUUCUCAUAAUGCUCUUCAACUUUUUGCUUUACAUGCCUUUAAAGGAAACCCUCCAACAGAAGAUUAUAACGAGUUAUCAUCUAUAGUAGUAGCUUAUACUAAAGGUGUUCCACUAGCUCUUAAAGUUCUUGGUUCUUUUCUGUUCAAGAGAACGAAGAGAGAAUGGGAAAGCGCACUAAAAAACUUAAGAACAAGUCUACAUGUGGAUGUCCAUAAGGUGUUAAAAAUAAGUUAUGACAGAUUAAAUGAUAAAGAGAAGGUUGUAUUUUUAGAUAUUGCAUGUUUCUUUAAAGGAUAUAAAAGAGAUCUCAUAGAAGCAAUCCUAAAUGCUCGUGACUUUGACUCUCAUAUUUCUAUACAUCUUCUCAUUGAAAGGUGUCCCAUAACUACAUCAUUUGACACCAUAAUAAUGCAUGAUUUACUUGAAAAAAUGGGUAAGGAAAUUGUUCGGCAAGAAUCAAUUGAUGAUCUUGAUAAACAUGGUCGGUUGUGGGAUCCUGAUGCAAUCUUUUUAGUAUUGAAGUAUAAUAUGGGAACUAGAACAAUUCGAAGUAUAUGCUUGGAUAUGUUUGAAGUAGAAGAGUUGCAUUUAAAUCCUAAAGCUUUCAACAACAUGCAAAACCUAAGAUUCUUGAAAAUUUAUGAGUUCGAACAUGGAAAGAAGGUGCAUGGUUUUGAGAAACUUGAGUCUGAUUUCUCUGAGCUAAGGUACUUUCGCUGGCAUGGAUAUUCUGACAAAUCUUUGCCACCAAAUUUUAAUCCAAAGAACCUUGUUGCACUUUCCUUACGUAAUAGUGAACUUAAACAACUUUGGACUAGCAACCAGAAACUUGUUAAUUUGAAACAUAUUGACGUCGGUCACUCUAAACGUCUAUGCAGUAUACCAGAUUUAUCACUUAUGUCAAAUCUUGAGAGCUUGAAGCUUGAAUAUUAUAUAAAUUUGCUUGAGAGUUUCUCAUCUAUCCGUAAUCUCCAUAAACUUGUUAUCCUGAAUCUACAAGGAUGCAAAAGCUUUGAUAAUCUUCAAAUUAGUUCUAAUUGCCAAUCUCUUCGAGUAGUUAAUCUCUCUAAUUGCUCAAAUCUCAAAGAAGUUUCAUAUUUCCCUAAUACAGUUGAAGAAUUAUAUCUAGAUGGAACUACUAUUAAAGAAUUCCCAUCAAUAGGGCAUUUAUUUAGACUAGUAACAUUGAGUCUUAGAAAAUGUUCAAGGCUUGAGAGAUUACUAGAUAGUAUUCAUAAGUUGAAAUGUCUUAAAUCUUUUUAUCUCUCGGGUUGUUCCAAACUUGACGGAUUGCCUAAUGACAUGAGAAAUUUACAAACUCUGAGGGAACUGGAACUGGAUGAAAUUUCUUUUGCAGAAAUACCAACAUUUAUGACAAGUUUGAUCAACCUGUGGGCAUUGUCUUUGACAAGAUGUAAGAUGCAAAAGCAAUCGAAUUUCCCACUCUUUGAUUUAUCUGUCUUCGAAAGAACGAUAAGGCUAAACCUGGUUGAUUGUUGCAUCGAAGUGUUACCCAGCAAUAUUGGCCAAUUACUCUCACUUAAAUAUUUAAUUCUUGGCCAAAACAAUUUGGAGACGCUACCAGAGAGCAUCAAAGACCUCUCUAACCUGAAAUUUCUUUAUUUAAGCAAUUGCCAAAGGCUUAAAUACUUACCAGAGCUUCCAAGCAGGUUAGAGACAAUGAUGGCAAUGAAUUGCGUAUAUCUUGAAUCAAUAUCAAGUUUACCAGCUUCAUUCCUAGGUAUUUCGACUUGUAAUGCGGAUGUUUGGUUCCACAAUUGUUUCAAACUAAAAUUAGAUAUGACAGAUGCUCUCGUGAAUAUUGAGAGAAAUGCAGAUGUGUGGCAUCACCAUGAAGAUAUCAUUUGGGCUGAGCAAGUGGGGAACAUUGUUUACCCUAGAGGCGGAAUUCCAAAGUGGUUUGACUUAAAAAGUAAUGAAUCUUUUAUAAAGUUUUCAGAAGGUUGGGUCAAUGAUAACUUAACUGGUUUCGUUUUAUAUGUUGUUGUAUCAUUACAAGACUAUCAACAAAAUGUUGGAUUUAACCUGAUUGUUAAUGGAGAGAUGAUUUUUUCUAGUUAUUUGGUUCACUCAUUCCAUUUUUGGCUUAAGUUUCUUGAAGAAGAGGACAUUAUUGAAUCAGAUCAUGUACUCAUAGGUUAUCAGUACCUUCAGAUGUUCGAGCAAUUUCCUACACUCAAUUUGGAUAGCCAAGGUGGUGUUGAGUUCUUUGUUGAACAUGCAACUAAGAAUGGUGAGGUUCAAAGCCAGGUGAAAAAAUGUGGAGUGACUUUGUUAUAUGCCAAAAAUGAUGAUUUGAGAAGAGAUGUAAAAGUGGACAAAAAUGAUGAAAGAUCUCAUAAGCGAUUGAAACUUGAAGGUUGA